AUGACAUCGAUCAUGGUCAUGUUCAUGGUUUUGACCAUUCUUUUCACGAGUUUCAGAAUCUCUCAAGCUACUUCUCGAUGUUGCUGGAGUUUUUCGGCUGUGGCAGGAGUGGAACGUGUGACUAAAAUCGCCAGUGGGAGGAUCGUAUCUUUUUCCGAACAACAGCUUCUAGACUGCGAUAGAGAGUAUGACCAAGGCUGUAACGGUGGGAUAAUGUCGGAUGCUUUUAACAAUAUAAUCCAAAACCGAGGCAUCGCCUCAGAGAAGUCCUACUCUUACCAAGGAUCAGAUGGGACAUGCCGGUCCAGUGCAAUACCAGUUGCACGGAUCAGAAGUUUUCAGUACGUCCCUAGCAACAACGAGCGGGUAUUGUUGGAGGCUAUUCAAGGCAUAUCAACCGCGAGUCAUCAGGACGGGUUCAUGCAUUACUCAGGUGGAGUAUACGACGGGCCUUGUGGGACCAGCGCAAAUCAUGCGGCUACGAUUGUUGGAUAUGGGACAAGCCAGGACGGGACUAAGUACUGGCUGGCAAAGAACUCUUGGGGUGAAACUUGGGGAGAAAAUGGUUACAUUAGGAUCCGUAGAGACGUGGCUUGGCCUCAAGGGAUUUGUGGUGUAGCCCAAUAUGCUUUUUAUCACACCAAGGAGUGGAUAAGCUUGAUAUAUUCCUAA